UCAGAUGUGUCUCUGUAAUAUUCUAAGAACCAUAACCCGCCGCUUGCCACGCACUUACACAUGCCCAUGUCGACACAUGUAGGCGGGACAAUUAUUAAGACUGACAACUCUUCAAACCAACCAGAUGCAGCGUAGCGCCGCCAUAAACCAAUCACCUGCGAAGCAGGAGAUGCCAGGUUUUCAGCCCGCCGAGCGGCGCGCCAGUCUGGUGAGUCACCGGGGGAACCGUUACUCGACCCGCGGAGCCGUCGCUGGGCAAUAAGAGCUCAUCCUCCUCCGAGUCGCGGUACCUCUCGCCGUAGUGAGUCACGCCGCUCAGGUUCACUCGCUCAACUGGACCGAAAUGCUACAUUUUCGGUCCUCGGUGGCGCUCAAGGAGUUGUUCCAGUCCCAGCUGAAGCGUCCCUUGUCGGGUAUUGUCGGUAACCAAGCGUCCCCGCCGGCUGCGCACCGCUUCCGGUCAGUGGCCGGCGGGAACUCACCUGAGCCGGCCGCCGGAUGGGGGCCGUCCCCGCAGCGCCACGCCGGAAGGCACGGCGCGAGAAGCCUCUGCUCCAAGGCGGACGGCCACGGCGACACCGGCAAGGAGUCGUCGACGGAGAAGAGAAGGAAGGCAGGGAUUCUGCCCAGCCUGGAGGACCUGCUGUUCUACACCAUAGCAGAGGGCCAGGAGAAGAUCCCAGCACAUAAAUUCACCACAGCGCUUAAAGCCACAGGGCUGCGUACCGGAGACCCCAGGCUCAAAGAAUGUAUGGAGAUGCUCAAGGUGACGUUGAAGACCACCUCUGACGGAGCCCUGGACCGUCAUCUCUUCAAGAAAUGUGUCCAGAGUAACAUCGUGUUGCUCACCCAGGCCUUCAGGAAGAAGUUUGUCAUCCCAGACUUCCAAUCCUUCUGCGCCCACAUUGACGACCUCUACGAGAAUGCCAAAUCCCUCUCAGGGGGUCAGGUGGCUGACUAUAUUCCACAGUUGGCCCGAUUCAGUCCAGACCUCUGGGCCGUGUCUCUGUGUACCGUGGAUGGACAGAGACACACGGUUGGCGAUACCAAGGUCCCCUUCUGCCUGCAGUCGUGUGUGAAGCCGCUCAAGUACGCCAUCGCUGUGCAUGACCACGGCACUGAGUAUGUGCACCGCUUCAUCGGGAAGGAGCCCAGCGGUCUGCGCUUCAACAAGCUUUUCUUAAAUGAGGACGAUAAACCCCACAAUCCCAUGGUGAACGCCGGCGCAAUUGUCUGCACAUCCCUCAUUAAGCAAGGGGCAAGCAAUGCUGAGAAAUUUGACUACGUCAUGAAUUUUAUGAACAAACUAGCCGGAAACGAGUAUGUGGGCUUCAGCAAUGCCACCUUCCAGUCGGAGCGCGAGUCUGGAGAUAGAAACUUCGCCAUCGGUUACUACCUGAAGGAGAAGAAGUGCUUCCCUGAGGGAACGGACAUGACCUCCAUCCUGGACUUUUACUUCCAGCUUUGUUCCAUCGAGGUGACCUGUGAGAGCGCCAGCGUCAUGGCAGCGACUCUGGCCAACGGAGGAUUCUGUCCAAUCACAGGGGAGCGUGUGCUGAGCCCCGAGGCUGUACGCAACACGCUCAGUCUCAUGCACUCCUGCGGCAUGUAUGACUUCUCCGGCCAGUUUGCCUUCCACGUGGGCCUGCCGGCUAAAUCUGGUGUCGCCGGAGGGAUUCUGCUCGUCGUCCCCAACGUCAUGGGCAUCAUGUGCUGGUCUCCUCCACUAGAUAAACUGGGGAACAGCGUUCGGGGGAUCCAGUUCUGCACGGACCUGGUGUCUCUGUGUAACUUUCACAAUUACGACAACCUGAGACACUUUGCAAAGAAACUGGAUCCUCGAAGGGAGGGUGGAGAUCAGAGGGUGAAGUCUGUGAUCAAUCUGCUGUUUGCUGCCUACACCGGAGACGUCUCGGCCUUGAGGAGGUUUGCGCUGUCGUCCAUGGAUAUGGAGCAGAGGGACUAUGACUCCAGGACCGCUCUGCAUGUGGCUGCUGCUGAAGGGCAUGCCGAGGUGGUGCGCUUCCUGCUGGAGGCUUGUAAAGUCAACCCAGUUCCCAGAGAUAGGUGGGGAAACACGCCGAUGGAUGAGGCAAUCCACUUUGGCCACCAUGACGUGGUGACCAUCCUCCGCGACUACCACAACCAGUACAGCCCCCAGGAUACCAGCUCGGACAAGGAGACCGCAGAGAAGAACCUGGAUGGUAUGCUGUAAACCGAAUCUUCAAACACCUCCCCUCAACAAAACCAGGGUGGUAUGCUCCGAACCGAAUCUUCAAACACCUCCCCUCAACAAAGCCAGGGUGGUAUGCUCCGAACCGAAUCUUCAAACUUCUCCCCUCAACAAAGCCAGGAUGGUAUAUUCUGAGAGGAAUCCAUCAACAAAAUCCUCCACCCUUCUUCCAAACUAUCUGUAAGACAUUGUGUUUUCGUCAUCCAGUCAUUAAGGGCGUUGUUGGUUUUUGUAUUAUCUUAUGUGUUCUGAAUGGGAAAAGUUCUUUUUUUAUGUUUGCUGACCCUGUCAUGUUUGUUGUUACUGGCUUCAUGUCUUUUGGCUUUUUUGUUGUUGCUUUUUUUACAUUCUACCUAGGGAGGGAAACACAAGCAGGGAUAUGUUAAUGACUCUAGCAGCUGUGGUGGAGAGAAUAUAAUGAGAUGAAGCUAGUAACAAGGUGAGACGGCAGCUGCUGGUACGCGAGUCCACUGCUGCAGUCCUCAGCUGGGGCCCUCAGGGGCCACAGUACUGCUGGUUUGCUGUUCUGCCAGGUAGUUCAUGCAUUACAUUCACCUAUUACGCCAGAUUUAAGAAAAAAAAAUUAACCUUGUUCAGUGUUUGGUGAGCCCUGGUGAUGGUCGGCGGAGGUUAGUUUCCUCUCCCGGUGACUCUUCAUCACGUAGUGCAGCUGUCGUCCUCAUCAUCAGAACCAUGUGAUGGAAUGUAGCCUCCUUCAGCUGUUGUGUUGUAUGUAAACCUUGCUCUUUAUUUAUCUAUUUAAGGUGAACUGUAUAUUCAUGUAGUGUGUGUAAAUUCCCACAAGGGAUUUGGUCAGGACCCAGUGUAAAUAAGUACUGUUGUAUAACUGUAGUGCUAUUGUAGGUGACUUUUUCUUCCUGACACAAAUGGUGUCAAGUUCUCUGAGAGGUCGGUCGUCUAAAACUUCGGAGAUGAAGAUUUCUGCCAUCUAGCAAACCAGAAGCUUCAAACAGUAAGAUUUUAACACAGUACUGAAGAUGGCUAUAUGUAUAUUUUAAACAUGGGAUUUCAUUAAUAUAUUUUUGUCUUUCCCCUUGUCUCAACGUUGAGCUUUAGAUAUAAAAUCUUCAGGACUUAUUUUCUGCCCAAAAUGAUUCUGCUGUUGAACUUGAUAUUUCUUUGAGAAGGGCAGGAUGAAUGUGUUGGUCAAAGCUCACAUAUCAAAAAUGACACUGCCAACACUGACGGCCGUAGCUUAACUGCUCAGGAGGGAUUGGUACUGAAUUGUUCUGCAACUCAGCAAAUGUCUCUAGUUUAGAUUUUUUUAAAAUCAUGAAUAACAUGAUACUAUUACAAUCUAUCAGUGGUUUCCAAGCUGUCUCGGGACCCUCAAGAGCCCAUUUAACUGUUUAGACCACAUCCACAUAAAGAGUAGAGUGGGGUAAUUGGCCGGAUACAAUUUGGGAGACAACGGGGGGAUCCCCCCCCCCAAAAACAAUCUGCAUUUACUGUUAGAGAGUCAGACCUGAUCAGAUCAGUCUUCUAGAAGAUUCUCUUACAGGCGUAACUUAAAAGUGAAUGAAGUCCCAUUGAGACUGAACUCUUCAUCACUGGGGACCCCUGAAACCUUCUCGAGGCCACCCAGCCGUCCUUGAACCCCAGCUUGAAAACCACUGUACCGCUUGUCUUUGUUCUGUCAAGUUUUGAGAUCCUCGUUUCUUCUCAGGGCCCAUGGAGUCGAAAUAGUAGUGAUAUUUUUUUAAAACACAACCAACCCGAGUUCGUUUUACUGUAGUCUGGCAUGUUCCGCUCGGAGGCAGAGUACGUUAUCAUGACUUACUGAAAAUCCAGAAGACAAUUUUAAGAAAUGCAGCAGCACUUCCUUUUCAAAACGAGUGGUCCUUAAAUCAAUAAUUCAGUAUUGUCAGUGACUCCACACCCACCCACCCCCCCCCCGCUAGACCCCCUCAUCCGAGCUCUGCCGUCUUCACAUAUAACGUGGAUAAAUACAUAAUGCAUGGCAGUUUGUCUGAAAAGGCCUAUUUGCGUACAAAAUCAACUUAAAGAAGGUCCAAGCUUUUCAUGGAGCCUCUUUAAAGGUGGAUUUUUGUUCAGUGAACGAUGAACUGUUUUUUUUUUUUUUUUUUUUGAGGUUUCUGUUCGUUUAACUUACGGACCUCUGGGUGCAGCGAACCCUGUUGUCCCGCUUCCAUCAAGAAGAAACGAUAUUCACAAAGACUGAUAACCAAAACAACGCAGCUCUUUUUACUGCCCAGAAGGAAAAGAUGCACAAGCGGGGUGUUUCUGAACUGUUUCGUGUACAAGAACCUUAGAAACUUGGCAGGUGGGGUUGUUCAAACGUUUUGUCCAAAGGUAGAUUGUAUGUGUGUGUGUGUGUGUGUGUGUAUGAGGUUGGUGAUAUUCUAGUGAUCGGGUGAAUUUUGUACCUCGAGUGGAAGACAACUGAAACAGGACCUGAUAUAAUCCAGGACCUGAUACAAUCCAGGACCUGAUAUAAUCCAGGACUUGAAAUAAUCCAGGACCAGAUAUAUUCCAGGACCUGAUAUAAUGCACUGAACCAGAAAAAAAAUGCAAUAUUGAGGUCAAUGAUUAAAAGCUAUUUAAUAGAGGACAUUACACUCAAAGGUCAUUUGACUUGACUGAACGACCCCGACUCUUAACUUGAGUCACCCGACUCUUGUGAAGCGAGGUCGUCCAUUACUGUCAACCUGGGACUCGAGUACUCUGAAUGUACCGUGUUGGUGUUGUUUUGGUUCUUCUCGAUGUGUUGAAGCCGCUUCAGGUCUCGUGUCUGUCGGUCCACUGGGUUUCGCAGGCGGUGGAAAUAUUUAUUCACAGAUAUUAUGUUCAAUAAAAACGCAUAAAUAUCCAGACGUGGUCACAGCUGGAAUUAUUUCCCCCUUCCUCUGAAGGGUACAUUUACACACAAAUCUUUUGUAGAGGUAAAAAAAAAACCCACCGACAGGAAGUGAGAAGACAUAGUGGCUCAGUGGUCAGAUAUAUUGACAACGUUAUGGGUUCUAGCUCCUGCUGUUAUGCACAAGUUUAAAGCCAACAUCUCAAGGAAAUACUGACUAACUCAUUGGUGUGAGAUGGAGGCCGAGCUCUGGUGGCUGCCUGGUUCAAGCACCGUCAAGCUGUCAACAAGGUUGAGGGUUUGAGGUUAAGUUCUGCUUGUGAAAGCCAAUAAACCGAAGGAAACUUGGCCUAACUGAAUGGUGUGGUGACCCUAACAUGGCCCAGUAGUUAACCACCUCAUGAUAUAUUUACAAAGUUGUGGGUU